AUGCCGUCGGUCAAGCGCAAGCGCGAGCCCAAGUCCUCUGGAGACUCACGGCUGGCUGACCCAUAUCUGCUGCAGACGCCCCCUUGCCGCUUCUCGGACCAUCACCGCAAGCGCGGCAAGAAUGCGGGCGUGUUGCGCAACUGUGUGGACAACCCAAACUGCCUCUACGGCCUGGGGGAGAGCCAGAAGGGCGUGUGGCAGGGCUCGAGACUCGUCCGACGCGUGUUCGGCGACGACCCGCGGGAGCGCGAGCGUGAGUCGAAUAAACAUGGGAAGCCUAUGCCUUGUGGCUUGCGUAAUCUCGGCGCUACGUGCUACCUGAACAGCAUGCUGCAGUGUCUGUUCGUCAACUUACCCUUCCGCCAAGCCGUGUACGAAUGGGAGCCCAAGGGGCAACUUGUGGAUAAGGAACAGGCGCAGCAGAUGCGCGCGUUGCAGAAACUCUUCGCCCAGAUGCAAUUGGGUAAUGAAAGCUACUAUGAUCCAACGGAAUUUGCCUCCACAUUGUCACUCAACAACGUCAUGCAACAAGAUGCACAGGAGUUUAGCAAGUUGCUGUUGGCACAUUUACGUACGAUCUUUGGACACUCGAGAUUUUCGAGACAUUGGGACUUGGUGGACCGAAUCUUCCAGGGACAGAUGAGUUAUGUGACCAAGUGUUUGAAGUGCAAGAACAAGUCUAUGCGACCGUCGUCGUAUUACGAGAUUUCGCUGAACAUCAAAGGACACAAGAGCGUGGAGGAGUGCAUUGGAUCGUACUUGUCGGCGGAGGUGCUGGAAGGAGAGAACAAAUAUUUUUGCGAGCACUGUGACGCCAAGCAGUGUGCAGAACGCUACCUUGAACUCAAGCCGCAGUCUUUGCCGUCAACGCUGAUGGUGCAGCUAAUGAGAUUUGUCUACGAUGCCAAUGCCGGACGCAAGAAGAAGCUGACGGACGUCAUCGAGAUUAACGAGACGCUAAAUAUGACCGAGUUACUGCGCCGGAGUGGCCAUGCUGAGGCAUUUGAUGGGUCUGGCGAUGCGGUUUACCGGUUACAGGGUUAUCUGAAUCAUCGUGGCAAAAGUGCCCACGUGGGGCACUACACUGCGUCUGUAGCAUACCCCAAACCAGGGAAAAGGAGUGGGCAACAAGACGACGAAUCUGCAGUGGACUGGUUUGAAUUUGACGAUGCAGCGGUGACUGAUAUGACCAAGUCUGACGCAGCAAAAGAGCGCUCUCCCGGUAAGAAAAUCCGCUCACGUGACAUCUACAUGCUUCUAUAUACUCGAGAUGGUGCUGCUGCCAUCACCAAUACCAGUAACGCGGAACCAGAGCCUUCUACAGUCUGUCGAAGCGAAGUGGAGGCAGUCAAUGUUGCGUUUAAUGCCGAAGUUAAAGAGUACGCCAGAAAAGUGAGUGGAAUGGAAGCUCGUAUCCAGAAGCGAGUUGACGCGUACAAGCGCUUUUUCGAGAAGAGUCAGCCGUAUCCAGACACGUCUGCUGCCCAUUUCUACUGGGUUGACACGGAGUGGCUGCGUCGCUGGAUUACAGGAGAGGAAAGUGAUAGCUCCGCCAGAAAAACUACGAGCUCAUCGCAAGUAGAAGAGGAGGAAUCGAAGGAAGCCACGCCCAACGCAGCGGAACAGAACGCAGAUGAUGAUUGUAUCAUUGUUGACCCACCAGAAGCUAACACCGUGGCAGAAAGUGAAUGCUCGGGUGACGAGAAGUUGAGCUCAACUAAUUGCGAAAAUGGAGAUGUGGAGAUUGUUUCCGACACGGCUCCAUCGGCGUCGCCGCUGGCCUCUCCGGAUACAAAUGACGAGCCUGACGCAGUCGGGACUACGAAGUUAAACUGUGAAGACAUACCUUUUACGAAGCCUUUUGAUGUAUCACGCUUCUGCUGCGCGCACUCGAGUGGUCUGGACAAUGGAGCACACGAGCCAAUUCUACGCUUUGCACCCGAGAAUGCGCCUAGGAUGAAGCGAGUAUCUGCAAAAUUGCUUACGUAUUUACGAGAGAAUUGUGGGGAAGAACGCAACGUGGAGGAUUCGACGCCAAUGAGAGCCUUCGAGUCACCCACGUAUCGCUGCGCAGCGUGCGAGAAAGAAUUCCGCAACAAGCUUUUGAAUGACGUGGAUCGAUUGAAAGAAGUGAGCGAGGAACUUGAGCUGUUGAGAGGCUCUCCUGCUAGUGUGGCGGCGGCCGUGGCGUCAGGAGGGGCUUACCUGAUGAGUCGGGCGUGGAUAAAAAGCUACAAGAUGCAUCUGCAGAUGCUGCACAAAGAGCUGUCGCACGCAGCUUUGAAAAGCAAGAAAGGGAGGAGAUCUCUGACGCCCCAGGACAUCAAAGAGUUUUUUACAGCUUCAAAGGAAGGGAACGGAAGCAGCAGUAAUGAUACUGGGGAUAAUGGACUGGGUGUGUGGCAGAAGCCCAUCAACGAGGACAUCACGUGUGUGCAUGGCAAUCUAACGCUAGAGAAGCGGACGUAUCGACCUGUGUCGGCAGAGACAUGGUCGUAUUUUAGUGCCAAGUUCCCUUAUCGUGCCGAGUUCGCCGAGUCUGCAACCGAGACGUGUCCACAAUGUCAAGUUGAUGAUAUGGCGAGCAAGGAGUGUAUUCAGGUGGAACGUGACGCGCGCGACGAGCUCCUUUCUGUCUCUGCACUAGACUGUUUGUAUCGACGAAAGCCUCGAGGAGAAUCCAUUCGACUUGUUGACGUUUUUGAACUUUCAACUGCACAAGGUGGCAGUGGACUGGAGCAGGCGUCGUCGUGGACUAAACGAGACGCUGCGAGAACUCCUCGACGAAUGUUUUUGGUAUCUCGUCUCUGGCUAGCGCAGUGGAGGGAGUAUAUUCGCAACGUGGAAGAAGAUUCGCCAGCUUCUUUAACACUGUCUUCGCUGCUGUGUUCGCACCAGAAAUUGGUGCUUCCGCCUGGAUUAUUGGCAGCACAUCAGGGUCAAGUUGUGGACGCCAGUUCGUUAGAAGUGGAGCUUGUGACGAUGGACGAAAUACAGGCGCUUGCUGAACGUUACGGCGAUCUGGAGAUGUCAUUUUACUAUGGUCUUCUCAAAACUAAUAUCACCGAUUCGGAAGAAGAGGAAUCUUACGUGGUGUGGCGACAGUGCUCACAAGCUUCUCUCCAGUAUGGCAACGAGAAGGUUAUAAGCAGUGAAGGGUGUCCCGAUGGUGUCGUGCCGUUGGUAUGUCAAGACGAGAACGAGGAGGGUGUUAUCUGUGCCGAAUGUCAAGAAAACUCGGACAGAAGACACCAAGACGAGCUCGAGAAUUUCUCGAACCGCGUGGUGAACGUUCAGCAACUGAGCGACGACCAGGCAGCUCCCACGACCGAGAACUUGACGUCAGACGCUAACACGUCAGGUCGACGGCGGUCUAGGCGAUUUCGUCCAGGUGCAGCGUGUACGUGGCCUGUGGCAGCUAAUGCUACCGACUCAGUAUAUAUGCUCAAGGCCAAGAUCUACUCGGAGAUGGAUGCAUUGCCCAUACGACAGCGUCUUUACUACAAGGGCGAGCUACUGGAGGAUUAUCGGACACUCAAACACUGCGGGAUCAAAGCCGGAGACGCAGUAUUCAUGAGGUUAUCAGAAGACAGUGCGGACGACCUGGUGAUGGACGAGAGUCUGGAGCGUGAAGUGGGGUUUGCAGACUCGGUCUUUCUCUCCCGUACGUUGAAUGGCAGCGCUACCGGUAACACUCAGGUGGAGGUGGUGAAAGUCAAAGAAGUCCCAGACACGAGUGGAGACCGAGCGAUGGCGUUGGCGAUGGCCGGUAGCCAAGAAACUCGCGUUUGGGUAUGCUCUGCCUGCACGUUCUACUACAGUUUGAAGAGCACCACUGGUUCCGACAAACAAAAUAUUGGCAGCAAGAUGGUGACCCACAACGAUGAUGAGCUGGAGAUGAACUGGACGGCGGAGGCCGUAGACGCAUCGGACAAUGAGAGCGUCAUGUCCGCUGAUAGUGAAGAUGAGUUCGAAGACGAGGCGGGGUUGGAACUGGCGUCCGGCGUCAAACGUGGCCGCGAGGAGGAGGUGGACGACGCCAUGAAUAGUGAGGACGAUGCAAAUGCCACCAAGAAGCGUAAGACCGACGGCAAACAGAAGCACAAUGGCAAGGGACUGCACAGGAUGACGCAGGCCGAUCACUUUAAAAUCGUCAACGAUGCCUACACGAAGCACCGUGGCGGCCAAAUGACGUCGCUCGAGCUGGCGGACGGACUUAAUGAGGCGCACUUUGUGGCACCCAAAGGUCUGGGCAAGCACAGACUGGACCUGUUGCCGUCGUACAUUCACCACUUGCAGCCAUCGUUCAAGCGCGACUUUGUGGGCAAGGGAAAACGUCGCGAUAAGAGUCCGUACUUCCUCAUUCUGUGCUCGUCGGCGCUGCGGUGUGUUGAGGUCAUCAAGCAUUUAACGUCGUUUAAGUGUCGUGUUGCAAAACUUUUCGCCAAGCACAUGAAGGCGGAAGAACAGGCCAAGCAGCUCGCGUUCAACUAUCUGCCCAUUGCUGUGGGUACACCUGCUCGCGUCAAGAGGCUGCUGGAGAUGGACGCACUGUCGCUGAAACACACGACGCACGUGAUCUUCGACAUGGAGAAGGACAAGAAGCAGCUCACUGUGCUGGAGCUGAAAGACACAGCAACUGAGAUGAUGGACCUUCUGCAAUUUCAUUUCAUUCCGCAACUUAACAAGGAAGCCAGCAGCAUGAAGAUUGUGCUGUUUUAG